GAUAGUACAAUGGAGUGAAAUCUGAGCCACAUUCCCAGAAAUUUAAUGGAAUGUUAAGAUGUUAUAAAAGUAGAAUGCGGGUACCAAAUAAUUUGCAACGGCUCUUUUCCCCACUGAUCCAUCCAUCCCUCAUAGGAAUUAAUCAAGCAAUGUUCAAGAUAAAUGGAGUUGGCCUUGAUCGCUCAGGUGUUUAUGUACAAGGGCUUUCCAGCAAGCAUAUUUUAGUUGUAACAUUCCAGUGAAUAAUCAGAAGCCAGUUUGGGAGAAGUCAGAAUGGACACAAUCUUCUUGUGGAGUCUUCUAUUGCUGUUUUUUGGAAGUCAAGCCUCAAGAUGCUCAGCUCAAAAAAAUACCGAAUUUGCAGUGGAUCUUUAUCAAGAGGUUUCCUUAUCUCAUAAGGACAACAUUAUAUUUUCACCCCUUGGAAUAACUUUGGUUCUUGAGAUGGUACAACUGGGAGCCAAAGGAAAAGCACAGCAGCAGAUAAGACAAACUUUAAAACAACAGGAAACCUCAGCUGGGGAAGAAUUUUUCAUACUGAAGUCAUUUUUCUCUGCCAUCUCAGAGAAAAAACAAGAAUUUACAUUUAAUCUUGCCAAUGCCCUCUACCUUCAAGAAGGAUUCACUGUGAAAGAACAGUAUCUCCAUGGCAACAAGGAAUUUUUUCAGAGUGCUAUAAAACUGGUGGAUUUUCAAGAUGCAAAGCCUUGUGCAGAGAUGAUCAGUACCUGGGUAGAAACAAAAACAGAUGGAAAAAUUAAAGACAUGUUUUCAGGGGAAGAAUUUGGCCCUCUGACUCGGCUUGUCCUGGUGAAUGCUAUUUAUUUCAAAGGAGAUUGGAAACAGAAAUUCAGAAAAGAGGACACACAGCUGAUAAAUUUUACUAAGAAAAAUGGUUCAACUGUCAAAAUUCCAAUGAUGAAGGCUCUUCUGAGAACAAAAUAUGGUUAUUUUUCUGAAUCUUCGGUGAACUACCAAGUUUUAGAAUUGUCUUAUAAAAGUGAUGAAUUUAGCUUAAUUAUCAUACUUCCUGCAGAAGGUAUGGAUAUAGAAGAAGUGGAAAAACUAAUUACUGCUCAACAAAUCCUAAAAUGGCUCUCUGAGAUGCAAGAAGAGGAAGUAGAAAUAAGCCUACCUAGAUUUAAAGUAGAACAAAAAGUAGACUUCAAAGACGUUUUGUAUUCUUUGAACAUAACCGAGAUAUUUAGUGGUGGCUGCGACCUUUCUGGAAUAACAGAUUCAUCUGAAGUGUAUGUUUCCCAAGUCAUGCAAAAAGUUUUCUUUGAGAUAAACGAAGAUGGCAGUGAAGCUGCAACAUCAACUGGCAUACACAUCCCUGUGAUCAUGAGUCUGGCUCAAAGCCAAUUUAUAGCAAAUCAUCCAUUUCUGUUUAUUAUGAAGCAUAACCCAACAGAAUCAAUUUUGUUUAUGGGAAGAGUGACAAAUCCUGACACCCAGGAGAUAAAAGGAAGAGAUUUAGAUUCACUGUGAAUGAAAAGCACAGCCUCAGAAUAAAAGAUGAUUUCUCAAAAAUAGUUGAUUGGCAAAAUAUCAUCAUCUUGACAAUAUUUGCUCUAUAUCUUAUGUAUUUUCUGUUUUAAACUGUGCCUGUAGUAAUAGAUAUCUGUCUUGAUAAAUAAGUAAAAUUAGGUAUGCAUUUGUUUC